AUGAUUAUCAACCAGGCUGUAGCUGAUCUCUUCGUUGGUCUUGUGUCUGUUCCCAUGUUCACUUUAUAUAGACUAAAUGAAGAUUCCUUGUUUGCAAAAGUGUUUCUGAUACUCGAUACUUUCUUUGGAAAAGCUUCUUUAAUUGGGUUAGCAGUGUUGGCCAUAGAAAGAGCACAUGCAACAUACUUUCCAUUCAGACACUCCACAUUAGGUAAAGGUCCGUUCAUCAUCGGGAUAGUUUUGAUGUGGACAGCUCCAUUGAUCGCAGUUGGUCCAAUUGUGUUUUCCAAUGUCAUGGAAAGAAAAACCCGCUCUGCCAUCAAGACGGUAUUUAUUAUUUUCGCACUUGUGGUUAUUUCUGGUGCUUAUUCCCUCAUCGUCCUGAAAGUCCGUUGUUCAGCUACUCGAGCUCUCGAUGUAACCAUCCAAGAGAACAAGAAACUAACUGUCACUCUUGGUGUUGUUACUAUUCUUAGCCUGCUCAUGUGGCUACCUUACCAAUGUUUGCUGCUAGUAAGUAAACCAAGAAAUCAUUCCUUUCUUUACUAUUCAGCGAAAUUCCUCCAUUACGGCAACUCACUCGUCAAUCCUGUCGUCUACGCGUUUCGUAUGCGCGAAAUAAAAAGAGAAAUCUUACGAGUACAGUUCCUGUGUCGUUGCAACAAUCAAAUCUCAACCAACAACGAAAGCGAACUUGGGUAG